AAAACAUUGGUGUCCAGCCUUUAGCGCCCCGGAGAGCCCGACUACACUCACUUUGUUUUACAUUUAAGUCUUAUCCGUCAGCCGAUAGAGGUUCUUCGAAUAUGGUCUGUGGCGGUUUCACCUGCUCCAAAAAUGCGCUUUGUUCCCUGAAUGUGGUUUACAUGCUGGUCGGGCUGCUGCUGAUCGGAGUAGCAGCAUGGGGGAAGGGGUUCGGCCUGGUGUCGAGCAUCCACAUCAUCGGAGGGGUAAUCGCAGUGGGCGUCUUCCUGCUGCUCAUCGCUAUUGUUGGACUCAUCGGAGCAAUACACCACCACCAAGUCAUGCUUUUCUUUUACAUGGUCAUUCUUUUCAUCGUUUUCCUGUUCCAAUUCGGAGUUUCCUGUUCCUGCUUGGCAAUGAAUCGUGGGCAGCAGGAGGGACUUCUGAACUCUGCCUGGGGAAUGUUGGAAAAUAAGACCAAGACAGACCUGGAGAGCCAGCUGAACUGCUGUGGGCUACUCAACGUCACCGCCAGCCGGACACAGUUUGAUCAGGACGUACAUUUCUGCCCUGCUUUGUGCAAAACACAAACUGGCUGUUACACCUGCGGGGAUAUGAUGCUGACUCAUGCAACAGAGGCUCUGAAGAUCCUCGGGGGCGUCGGGCUUUUCUUCAGCUUCACAGAGAUCCUGGGGGUGUGGCUCGCCGUGCGCUACAGGAACCAGAAGGAUCCACGAGCGAACCCAAGUGCUUUCCUAUAGUCUGUCCUAGUACGCAGCGCCUCGCCGUAGAGGUUCAGACACACUGGUACACAUAGAAUCAUGCACAUCUAGAUACAAUACAACACCGCACUAACCACAGCCACACAGGAUGGACGAGCACACGCAGCACCUGACAAACACUGACACACACACACACACACACACACACACACACACACACACACACACACACACACACACACACCUACACCUACACCUGAGACUGAGAAGCUACAACAACCUGUCCAGAAAUGUUGGAAGACCUGGAUACUUAUGUAUGAAAGGAUAACAAGUGUGUCGGUAUCGUGACCCAGCCUUGACUUGAGUACCAGAUUUCCUGUUAGUUUCCAACUUUGUGACAAGGGAUGAGACAUCUCUGCAUGUUCCUACGCCUGCACAGACAAACAGACAAACAGCCUCACACACACACCCACACACACACACACACACACCAACCAAAUGACUGUGCCGUGCCCAACAGAAUAACAUGUAUGCACCUUGAAUUUUCUCCCUCUCGUCUCAAACGUAGUGCCACCACAUUAACGACAAAUAUAUUCCUUUGGUCAGUGCUGUCGGUGAUGUGUAGAACUGUAAACCUAAACAUGUCCAGUGUGAUCAGUUUGUUCUCUGUCGACCAGAGGGGGAAGAAAGAAAGAAAGAAAGAAGGCACAUACUGGACAUUUGGUGUAAACUAGUUUUUGAAUUGUAUGUAAAUGUUCUUUUUUCAGAUGCCACAAAUGCCGGGAGUUAAAGGGGGAGUCUGGCUUGUUUUUUGUGGAAGUGAAGGUUGUCUGAGGUUCUUAUCUAGAGUCAGUGUAGAUGGUGGUCGGCACACAUCCAGCCUGGAGAAGCAGUCUCAAUCCAGUCAGACAAUUGUGUGAAAAUUGUAUGUGGUUCAGGUCUGCUGGUUGAUUAACACAUACAGUCAUGGAAAAAAUGAUUAUGAUGAAUGAUAAAUGAUAAUGACCACCCUUGUUUUCUUUCUUGUUUAUUUUAAUGCCUGGUACAAAUAUAAGUGCAUUUGUUUUGACAAAAAAAUGAUAACACCAAAAAUAGGCUCAAAGGGCUGACAUCUAGCCAUUUUCCAUGGUUUUCUUGAUAAUGAUUUUGGUUGUGAAGAAAACCAUGGAAAAUGGCUAGAUGUCAGCUCUUAAAUUGAAUUCUUAUGAGGUAUUUUUGUUGUUUUCAUUAUAUUUGUCCCUAACAAAUGUACUUUUAGUUGUACCAGGCAUUAAAAUGAGCAAGAAAUUGAAGAAAACAAUGGUCUAAUAAUUUUUCGAUGACUGUAUUUUUGUGUGGAUGCAUAUUAAUGGAUGGGCUUUAAAAGAGCUUAAUAGUGGAAAACAUACAUGCAUAAAAAGUAUUAAAGAAACUGUAUAAACAACAACAAUAUGAUCCACUGCCCAACCCGAUCGGUUGUUUACUGCUGUGGACGGAGGCAGCAGCAAAAUGUAUUUAGACACCUAAAAAAAUCAAUAUCAGUUUGAGUGUUCGCUAUACUUCGAAUAUUCUCACUGCUUUACCUCGCCAGACCGCUCAGUCAGACAGCACAGUUUAAGUUUACUUGGAAGAAUUGAAGCUGUUGUUAUUUAUGUGCUCUUUAAACCCACCAAACUCCACUGACCUCCUGUAGCUUGUUUUGUUGCUAGUUUGUGUUAAUUGUGAAGGCUGAUCGACUAAAGACAUUUUAGUUGGUGUACAAUGACCAUACCAACCCGAAGCAUCAGUAUUUAACCACUCUUUCUCAAGAAUCGCACACAGCACCUUUUGAGUGACUGAUCAGUAAAAUUCAGUUUCUCCACAAAGAGUCAUGUAAAACAACAACACCUUGUUGACUAGAGAAAUCUUAAUCUACGUGGAAUAAAAUUACACAAACAAACUAACAGUGGACCAGCGCGCUCACGCUCUGCACGGUUAAAUUAUUGUUUUUGUCAAUGGAGUGUGGCAGCUUUGUAAAUAUAGCGAACACUUAAAUCAGGGUUUGAUUAACAAGGUCUUGACAGUUUGGAUAAAUAUUAACCGUUAUGUUUUCAAGGAUAGGAAUAUGAUUGAUUUUGAGUAUACAGUCAUGUACAAAAUUAUUAGACCACCCUUAUUUUCUUCAAUUUUUUGUUCAUUUUAAUGCCUGGUACAACUAAAUAUACAUUUGUUUGGACAAAUAUAAUGAUAACAAAAAUAGCUGGUAAGAGUUUAAUUUAAGAGCUGAUAUCUAGACAUUUUCCUUGGUUUUCUGGAUAAUAACCAAAAUCAUCAAGAAAAAUAUGGAAAAUGCCUAGAUAACAGCUCUUAAAUCAAAACUCUCAUCAGCUAUUUUUGUUAUUAUAUUUGUCCAAACAAAUGUACCUUUAGUUGUACCAGGCAUCGAAAAGAACAAGAAAUGGAAGAAAACAAGGGUGGUCUAAAAAAUUUUCCAUGACUGUUGAUCAAAACAAAGUUAAUACAAACAGCCGAUUAGAUCUAAAUCAACAGUUUAGAUGAUGAGAAAGGCUUCUGGUUUGAAAAUGUUUGGUUUAAAUGCCUUGAAAGUGCUUUUAUUUUCCUAAAAAGCUGUAUGAACCCUUUUUGAACUGAUUUAGAUAGUUUCUUAUACAUAUUGCUCUUCCCUGCUUCUUCACAUUGAAGUCUGGAUUUGUACCUCAAACAACCACACACAAAAAGUCCAAACUCUCCCUUUUAAAAGGAAUAGGAAGCAAGAAUAGAUGUUAGGUGAUGUAGUUGCUAGUCUUUCGGGUUCAAAAUAUUUAUGAACUGUAACUGAGCCAACUAACUUUUAACAGUCGGAGGUAUUAGGGUGCCGAUGGACUGCAGCCUUGAUGUUGUACAUAAUCUUUUAGAAAUCAUUCUCGAUGGGUUUGCCAUGUAGUUGCCCCUCCAGCUGGGAGGUCUGCCUGCAUAUGAUCCAUCUUCCUCUAUUUAAUAUGUUCCUUUGUGUCGCACAGUGCUGUAGCUUAGUAUAGAUUCUGGUUGUAGAGAAGUGGGUUCAGGUACGUCUCAUUACCUUCUGUGUAACUGGAAGAAAUCACAUUAAAAAAAGAAUUAAUAAGUGUUGUUUAAUUUGAAAUAAUUGGCUUAAACUGCUCAUUGCAAACCCAGUUUUCUUUUUAAUAGUUUUAAUUGUGAAAAUGUGCUCUUGGUUGCAAUUUUUCUUUUUUUGUAAUAUUUGCCAUCAGCUGUUUUCGUUCAUCAGUGUUAAAUGCUUUGUAAAAAAAAAAAAGUAAAAAAUAAACUUGUUAAAUAUUUUCAGGAUCUAUUUAAGUUAAGUUUGAGAAGCACAUGAGGUUGAAGUUUUGUCGUAGAUUAAUUUUGAUGCCUAGCUCGAUGUUGAUAAGUCACUGCUCAUUAAUUCUCUCUUUUUAAGGUGUUUUUUCUCUUUUUUUUUUAAUUGCUUUUUAACUUAAAGGACUAACACAAACUGUAACUACAUGUCUUACUUGAACCUGGAUUUUUUCCUGCUGCUGAUUUGGAGUCAUCGCUGGUGUAAAACAAACAUUUUGACAGAUCUUAAGCAUUGUUAUUAUGCCAUAUAUUAAACCUCACUUUGAAUUUGUGUGCACUUGUUAUUCAAAUGUAUCUUGAAUUUUUGAGACUUAAUUUUCCAAAUAAUAAAACCUCAAAUUGGAAAA